UAGAGAGAUGAAUGAACCUCCCCUCUCAUUCUCAAUCUAGUUCUGCUGAAAAACUCUGAGCCUCAGUGAGUCACAGCUGACUGGAAACCAUUCCCGGUGUGAGUCUCCACCCGAGAGGACGUUCACUGUGCAACACUGUGCUUUUUCACGCGUCCAACCAAAACCCAGACACUGAGUAAAAAAACGUUGCGUAAGUGAAACUGAUAUCAAACAAAGCGGCUGCAGAACUGCCCUGGGAUCCAGUCUUCAGUGGAGGGAAGAAGCAAGAAGCAGGAAAAGUAGAGAUUUCAGCUCGUCUGGAGUCUUAAAAGGAGCAAAAUGUCUAAACCUAAUUACUCCGGCACGUUUCAUAUGGUGGAGCAGGAUAAUAUGGACGCCUACCUCGCAGCUUUAGAUAUAAAUUUUGCUCUGAGGAAGAUUGUGUGUCUGUUGAAGCCCACCAAAGAGAUCACCCAUGACCCGGCCACAGGAGCCAUGAAGAUCCGCACGCUCACCACCUUCAAGAACUUCAACAUGGACUUCAAUAUCGGAGAAGAAUUCACUGAAGACCUGGGCCCGGUGGACGGUCGAACCUGCCAGACUACAGUGAGCUGGGAAGGAGACAAACUGCUCUGUGUACAGCGAGGGGAGAAAGACGGACGAGGCUGGACACACUGGCUGGAGGGGGACAAGCUGCAUUUGGAGAUGAGAGUUGAAGACAUCGUUGCCAAGCAAGUCUUCAAGAAGGCUGAUUAAAGUUACCACAAAUAUGUUGUAGUGAAUUUAUUCUUCAUAGAAUCUAGUUAAGAACUUGCUACACGAUUUGAAUCAUGUUUAUAGUUUUUUUUUUUAUUAUAAUCAACUUUAUUUUAAAGGAUCACAAGAAGACUGAAUAUCUGUGAAAACACUGAUAUGUACAUGUACAUGGUAAUUGUUUCUGAUGGUACUAAUGAGAGCUGAGAGCAGAAUGACUUGUGUAAACAUUCCUACAUACGUCCUCAUAUUGCACUCUUCACAAUGUUAUAAACAAAUCAAACAUC